UGCACUCUGUCAGGUGAUGCUGUUGAUUUUCCAGCUAUUGAAUUGAAUGAGAAGACCUUGUACUGAAGGUGCCUCCUUCAUUCCAACUUCUGUUUUGAUUUGGUUGAAAUAAAAGGUCAGAAAAGCUACUGAGAUGUUAAGACAUUACAUAAUUCAAAUGCUUUUCUCUAAUUUGUAUGUAAAGCCUACAAAUUUCAUUUCUCAACCUCAUCUCUCAAUGACAGCACAGCUUGGAGUUAUUGUCACUUUGGAGUGUUAUAUACCUUCAGGCAAAGUCCUUCACUUGGUUUGGUACAAGCAGUCUAUUGGAGGGACACCUAUCCACAUAGCCCCAGCUUAUUCCAAUUCUGGUGAAGCUACAAUGUAUGAAGAAUUUAAAAAUAAUCUGCAUUUUAAGGUGGAAAAAUCAGACAGCAGUUUUAACUUGACCAUUUCAAGUCUUGAACCAUAUGAUGUUGCAAGAUAUUACUGUGGAGCAUUCUACUACAGCUACAUGAGCUUCGGGAAUGGAACCCUUCUGAUUAUAAAGGGAUCAGAGACAAGGAACAGGAGUAUUCUGCAGCACCCUGUAUCUGUCCCAGGCAAUCUAGGAGAUGAUGUGACUCUCAAGUGUACAAUACAAACUGUAACCUGUGCAGGAGAACACAGUGUUUAUUGGUUCAGAUAUGGCUCAGAAGAAUCCCUUCCAGGAAUAAUUUACAGACCUGAAAACAGGAGAGAUCAGUGUGAAAAGAGGUCUUGGGCUGGGCUUCCAACAAAUAGUUGUGUUUAUAAUCUCCAAAUAAGGAACCUCAGCCACUCUAAUGCUGGGAUUAACUACUGUGCUGUGGCAGCAUGUGGGAUCAUUCUGUUUGGAAAUGGGACAUUUCUGGAAAUAACAGGAGUUGAUCACCAAGUCUCACUUAACUAUAUCACUCUAGUUUUGUUGGCAACAAACAUUGUGGCAGUGCUUGUAAUCACAUUCCUCACCUGCUGGCUGAUAAAGAAUCACAGAACAGGUACACAUCUUGGACUAUCUUCCCAUCAGCACAUAAAACAAACCUAAAAAAACACACAGAACCAGGACACAGAUGUGCUGAAUUACGCUGCCUUGAGUUUCACUGACAUUGAUGUGAGGCCUGGGAGGAGGAGGACAGAGAUAGACAGACAGGCUGUAUAUUCCCAGGUGAAAUAUGGUAAAAGCAGUGUGACUGAGUACUCUGAAGGUUAUUCCUCUGGAUUUCCCCUUUGAGGAACAGUUUUGAUAUGAUCUACUGUAAUUACCCUCUUCUUUCAAAAUCAUUAACUGAUCAAAAAGCUUAGUCUAUGAUAUAAAGGGGUUGGAGGAAGAAGACACAUUUUUUAAAUUACCUCCUUA